GAAAAUUCCAACACCAACAAUGUUGGACAUACCACAUUCAAGAGAGACGGUGAAACUUUCGUUAAUGGAUACAGGCGCUGUACGGACGGAAACAGCGAGUUCGUUAUUCAAACCACACGUCCGUGGGUUUGACACAGUCACAUUCAAGUUGUGGGCAUUUCUCAUAUCGCAUGGCGACACCCAUGUACUCUUUGAUCUAAGCAAUUCGGAUGCGCAUCCAGAGCCCGUGUUCCACAUUGACGUAACCCAAGAUGUCUUUGACGUUCUCGAUGCUGCGACACCACCGACCAUCAAACCAGACACUGUUUCCGCCUGUAUAUGGUCCCAUCAUCAUUUUGAUCAUCGCGGCGACAUUGGAAGAUUCCCAGCAUCGACCCAGCUUGUAGUAGGACCUGGAGUCCACCAAGCAUACCUCCCAGGCUACCCGUCCAAUCCCGAGAGCGAGUUGGCUGAGACUGACUUUAUGGGUCGCGAGGUUAGAGAGAUGUCGAAUGCCGAAUUUACAUUAACAUGUGGGGGAUACGCUGCACACGAUUAUUUUGGAGAUGGGUCGUUUUUCCUAUUAUCUUCGCCUGGACAUACGACGGGACACUUGUCAGCGCUGGCACGAGUCACCAGCGACAGUGAGGACAGCACUUUUGUCUUUCUUGGAGGAGACUGCGCUCAUCACUGCGGCGUAUUUCGACCGUCCCAAUACGUCCCGCUGCCUGAGUCCAUCACACUGGGAAACGUUACCUAUACCGUAGAAGAGGUCAGGAGCAUUCAUCCAAAGGGGUCUAUGGUAGAGCCGUUUCUUCAAGUUGAUGAAGAGCCAAUGUGUGAAGAUCACGCAGCUGCCGUGGAGAGUGUUGAAAAGAUGCAAGUCUUUGAUGCCCAGGAUAAUAUCCUAGUAUGUAUUGCGCACGAUGCCACGUUGAGGCGACAUCUACCAGUCUUUCCAGAAACGUUGAAUGGCUGGAAGCAGGCCGAUUUGAAGAACAAACUGCGAUGGGAGUUUCUUCGAGAUUUUGGAAUUAUUGGUGGCUAACCUCGUCAAGCCCUAUUAAAUGCCGGCAUAACCGACAGUACAAAGCCGGUCUGAUUACGAAACUCGGCAACGCAGAUAUCUAGUGGCUUCUCGAGUGUGUCUCAGUCGGUAGUUGAUGGGAUCCUUCCCAGGUCGCUCCAACAAUGCCAUUAUGUAGGAGCUUGACGGUUAGCUAAUACAUCCAGCCACCUGUAAGCUCAAAGUGGAAGGUCACUAGAAAGAUACGACAAAUGGAAAUAAGCCAUCGUUACUAGCGUACUUAUUAAGGUUUUAAGCUAUUCAAGCUUAUUUUGACAGCUGAGGCGCAGAGUCCUCGCACAACUACCCCUAGGGCCGGACUUCAGUGGGC